GUUUUAUCAGGUUCAUAGUAAAGUAGGUGUAGGAUUUUAUUAAUGUUGCUUUUAAUUAGGAGUUUAUGUAGAUAGAUGGUUAAGAUUGUUUAAGGUUUUUCUUACUGCAUUUGCGUGAUUGGAAUGUUUACUGCAAUUGUAGAAUGUGUGUGACCAUUGUAAAAUCUGUUCCAUCAUGGGAAUAGGAUGUUCCAUUGCUUCUUUUUGUAUGAUAAUCUGUUCUUCUCCAUCUGCUAAAUACAGUUUUCUCAGCAAGUAUGACAAGGUGACUAAUUCUGGGUUUUGGUUUUAGAAGCAUUGGAACUCCCUGAUUAAUGGGUUGCGAAUGACUGAAUGUAUGUGUGUGAUAUACGUUUUUCAUGCUUUGCAGGACCUGCUGUAGAAAUCACAGCUGCUUUCAAGUUUCAGCUGCAGAGAGGGAUUCAUGGCUGCGAAGGUAGUGCAACCACCAACACCGGGUUGCCACGUUCUGCCUGCAAUACCCACUAGCAUUAAGAUGAUCCAAACUAACAGAGCAGUCCCAGCCACUCAUUUAAGGACCAAGAGCUCCGGAUUUGGAGAGUUCCCUUCUGGGUUCAGACCCUCCCACACCAUUAAAUCUGCAGAACAAGGUUCUGGUUUAGUUAGUGAAGACCAGGGGACACGAGAAACAUCAGGAGCUUACAAGACGGUUUCCCAGAUCAAAGCCGAUCUGAAGCAAGCAAUACAGGGCAUCAACAGAGGCAUCUUUGGAGUCCCGUCUGCAAAGAAAUCUGAGAUUUCAGCUCUGGUGGAGCUGCUUGAGUCUCAGAAUCCAACUCGUAAUCCUACUCAAGAUCUGGACAAGGUGGGUGGAUGCUGGAAGCUUGUCUACAGUACAAUUUCUAUCCUGGGUUCCAAGAGAACCAAGCUAGGCUUGAGGGACUUCAUCAGUUUGGGGGAUUUCUUCCAGACCAUUUAUCCUGCUGAGGGCAAAGCAGUUAACAUUGUUGAAUUCAGCCUUCGGGGAUUAAAUGUGCUUAAGGGACAAUUAGCUAUUGAAGCUUCCUUCAAAGUUACAUCAAAAACAAAAGUUGAUAUUAAGUACGAGAAUUCGAUCAUCACUCCAGAUCAGUUGAUGAGCAUUUUCCGCAAGAACUAUGACCUUCUGCUCAGUAUCUUCAAUCCAGAGGGUUGGCUGGAGAUCUCAUAUGUGGACGAAUCCAUGAGGAUUGGGAGAGAUGAUAAAGGCAAUAUGUUCAUAUUGGAAAGAGCAGAGGAUAAUCCCCAACUUCUCUGAUAAACCCAAUCCCUUUUC